GCAUUUUCAUACGAAUGAGCGUGCAAAAUUGAUGUUUUAAUUUAUUCUAACAAUUUUUAUGAGCCGUCUCCGAAGCAUCACUAAUAUGAAACAGUUAUGAAGCAAAAUUUAAAACGAGUAAUUUGGCACCAGACAUGAACGUUGUUUCUUUGAGCACACCAAUAGCUCUUCGUCACAUGCUCGUUGUCUACUCAAUACCUAUUUUGAGCAUUACCCUCGAUAUCUCUGCACAUCCCAUCAAGCCGCUGUAUUUCCUUUGUUCGCUCCUGUUCGUGCCAUUUUGUAUGCUCCCCAUUGCCCAGAAGAACAAGCUUGUCAUUUUAACGGGCAUACACGCGAUUAGUUGGCUGUUGAACAGCAGGCUGAUAGCCUAUAUGGUCUAUGGUGGUGUAAUGACGGUAUGCUACAACACUUCUUUGCAGAUGUGCCUCAGUGCUGGCCAGAUAGAAAACGUGUGCAUGAUGUUCUACUCUGAAAUGUUAGGCUAUCUGUUCGGCGUGUUCCUGCCGUUUCGUAGCGCCCUUGCCCUUCUGAUCACCGCCCAACUUUUCCUGCUGCUCAAGGCGAAGAAACUGCCGCUCGAAAUUUCGUCAACCGAGCGACAAAAGUUCCUGCCCACGCUCUACGAGAAAAUAUCUGGGCUAUAUGACAGCAACUACACGCUGCUAUCGAACGAGUACAAAAUGGUGGUGGAAAUCGUUUACAAAAGAAAGAAAUGCUGCAGGCUGUUCUUGUUCGUGUGGUUGUGCCACAUGCCCAUGUGCUACUCCACGCUUGGAAAGGUUGCUAUGGCUGUUGGCCCACUUAUGCCGGUGUACAAGAAGAAUUUUGUAGUUUUCCUGUAUAUUUUCCUCUGGGUCAUGGGCAUCGAACUGGGCAGCAUUACUUCGUGGUUUGUUGAAUGGAUUGAUGAUGGUGAAGGGCCGUAUCAUUCCAUGACAUUUUGCAUACUUGCCAGGUUGGUGGUCUCUUUCGUAGUGUACUCGUUUUGUUUUCCGAUGUGGAUCGAAAGGAUGGUCAGCAGCUAGCCAAGAACAACAAAUAAACCCGUUCUACCAUAAAAUGAGCUUUCCAUGUCCAAAAUACGUAAAUGCUCUUCACACAUUUCACGUAUAAAAGGCUGCACACGAGUGUAAAACGAUUUGUGUCCGUUUGUACCUUUCUGAGGAGGUAAAUGCGCGAGUUUAUAGGAAAUGUGCCUGCGAGCGUAAAAGCUUCUUUAGUACCGAGCAUAAGCAAAAUUUAAACGGUAGAUUAUGGUUGAAUGGCAUGGUUUGAGCCAUCUCGAUCGUGCGUUCCUGUGGUUUAGCCCCUACGUCAGGUCAACCCUUGUUGCUGAUCAAGCCUACCGUGCUCAUGCGAUCUAACAAAUAUUCUUUGGUGUGAUCCGCUUUCGAUCCACUGUCACAUCAAAUUUGCGCAAGUAAACGAACAGGAAUGCAUGUGGUACUACGUACCCUGCCACACCAUCAAUACACGUAAAAUGAACAGCAAAGAAAUUUUUACUCCUUAAACCGGGAAUGUAAGAACGAUUUAC